AUGCAGCAGCAGGCGGGGGUACUGACGGGAAGUGGUCUCUCCACACUCAGCAUGUCAGUGGGCCCCUCAACAGCUAUGGCAGCGGCGCUGCUUUCCACCCAUGAGCUGCCCAAGGACUCGAACAGUACCACGGCCAGCGCCGGGAGCGCUGUCUCCUCGGACGACGGGGAGCGUUGGUACAUCUGCGACUACGAGACGUGCGGCCUGAAGUUUAAGUACAAGUCGCGCAUGGAGCUGCACCGUGUAGUGCACAGCAAAGAGCGGCGCUUCAAUUGCGAGCUAUGCAGUGCCUCCUUCAAGCAAUCAUGCAACUUGUCCACGCACCGAAAGAAAAAGCACGCGCUCCGGGGUAUCAAGAGCGAGAUCCUUCCGCAGCGAUACUAG